AUGUAUGCUCAAGAUUCGCCCAUUUUCCCCUCGAAGAGCUCAUUUGAGAGUUCUUGUCCAGAAGCCUUUGCAGGUCUCGAGCCGUCUGACCCUACAGAGCGCGCUUACGAGGCCCUGAGAGCUAGCUGCGACCGCCAGGCAAUUUACCCAUGUAACCUUCUACAACGCAAGCAGUUGAAGAGCACAACGGAGCGAUACCGUCGGUACCUCGAUGACGAAGAAAAAAAAUUAUUCAAUCUCGAUUUUGAAGAAAUUCAUUUCCACGAUUUGGAAGAUGGAGGCAAAGAUUACCGGACAGUGAUGAUUCGAAACAGCCCAUCUGUCCGAAAUCAUCUUCACAAGAAUGGAGGAGAUCCAAGAUCUCGCUUUAUUUUUCUUCAGGCCGAAACCUCGCGGUCUCCAUUAAAUUGCUCUCGCGAUAGCUUCUCUCAUAUCACGUCGUAUCACCAAAUUCCACCAACCUUCAUCGACUUUGUAUCUGCCUUCGGUGCCACGCACUACCCGACCGAUUACUACAUGACAGGCUUUGACUCUGAUGAUACACUUGGUAUACAAGACUCAAACUUGAUAAACAUUUCCACACUUGGUCGCUCAGGACGUGAGCAUCGCAUACAAUAUCUUUUGCGAUCUGUAGAGCGAGGCUCUAACGACGAUGGAUCGCGCAGGUGGAAUAUCCGACAGGCCGCUGUAUAUCACUCUUUCGACUUUGUGUCAGGUAAAGCACUGUGGAUCAAUAUCAAGGCUAAUGAACUAUUCAAGAAUAGAAUUACAGAAGCAACAGGCGACCCUGCAAUACUAGACUUGGAUACACAGAAUGACUUGCCAAAAUCUUUUGCUGCUACUCUUGCCAUUCACCUUAUUUUACUUGAGUGGUGCGACGAAGAUUGGCGAACGUGUAUUCGUGAUUGUGAAAGCAAGGUCCGCGUCAUCUUGGCAAAGGCCCAAACAUCUCAAGUUGUUCAGCCUCCCGCGUUCAGCGCGUCGGCAAGACGAGCCUUGGGGUCACAGAGAGCGCGACCUACAGAGCUUGGUGAAAGUGAAAAGCAACUUCCUCCAGCGCCUUCGGAAUGGGUUCAGAAGAUUCGCAGCUUUGUCAAGUCGCUCAAACGUUACAGGUACAGGGCUACGCAAAAAUCUGAACUCUUUGGGAAUGCAGGCGACGAUGACCAUUUGCAAAAAAGACAGUUCGAGAACCUCAAGAAUCUCGAUACCUUUUCCUUUGGAGAACUACAGCAUCUUCACUACAUGACCCUCCGUGAUAUUGCAGAGCGCUACCAGAACUUGCCAUCUCAGCGCGGUUUUCCGGAAUCUCUUAAGAAAAAUUGCGCGGAAGAUAUUUUAUCAUUUGCACGACGGGUUGAGCGUAUCAGAAAAAACCUCGAGAUUCGUAUGACGCAGGUAAAUUCGCUGCUGGCAUGGCUCCAUGACGGAAAGGCAUUGUUCGAUGAUAUUCUACAAUAUCGCAAUGUACAGAUCGGUCGCAUCUUCACUGAAACUUCAUAUGGUCAAUCCCAGAAGAUGGAGCGUAUUGCAUACAAAACUGAGAAAGAAACUAUCUCAAUGCAUGUCAUCACUUGCGUAACAUUGGCAUUCCUCCCUGCAAUGUUUGCGGCUACGUUCUUCCAAAGCGGACUUGUUGAGGUGAACAGAAAUGCGACCAGCGUGGACAAUGCAGUCACAUUUCACGACAAGGCCUUCCGCCUGUUUUCUGCAAUCUGCUUCCCUCUCAUGGCGCUUACCUUUCUCCUGUGGAUUUUAGUGUUUAGGUGCCUAUCGCGCAGAGCACGUAGGCGGAUUGCACUCGAAAAUGUUUGAGUAGAAAGCUGCUCUGUUGUUUGACUAGCGGAAUUUAGCGCACUCUUCUUUUUGUAUUUCUUUUGUAUACCUGUUAGACUAAAUCAUGUAGAGUAUCUAAUUACUCAUUGUGUCUGUAUUUGACCAUACUGGGAGUGCUAAAUGGCAAAUCUCUCUGC